AUGAUAAGUCUAGUACUGCGCAUUUUUUCCAUCCUAAUAAUGACAGCAUUUGUUCUAGGAAAUUUUGCCAAUAUCUUCAUAGCACUGGUGAGCUGCAUUGACUGGGUCAAGAGGCAAAAAAUCUCCUCAGUUGAUGGAAUUCUCACUGCUCUGGCAAUCUCCAGAAUUGGUUUGCUCUGGGUAAUAGUAAUAAAUUGGUAUGCAACUGUGUUUCAUUCAGCUUUAUCUAGUUCAGAAGUAAGAAUUAUUGUUUAUGUGAUCUGGGUAAUGAACAAUCAUUUUAGCCUCUGGCUUACUACUAGCCUUAGCAUAUUUUAUUUGCUCAAGAUAGCCAAUUUCUCUAGCCUUCUUUUUCUUCACCUAAAGUGGAAGGUUAAAAGAGUAGUCCUCAUGAUGCUGCUGGGAACAUUGGUCUUCUUGGUUUUUCAUCUUGCAGUGGCAAGUGUAAGUAAAAGUAUGCAGAUGAAGAAAUAUGAAGGAAACAUCACUUGGAAGACCAAAUUGAGGGCCAUCGUGCACCUUUCAGAUAUGGCUGUAAUCACGCUAGCAAACUUCAUACCCUUCACUAUGUCCCUGACAUGUUUUACGCUGUUAAUCUUUUCGCUGUGGAAACAUCUCAAGACGAUGCAGCUCAGUGGCAAAGGAGCCCAAGAUCCCAGCACCAAGGUCCACAUAAGAGCCAUGCAAACUGUGAUCUCCUUUCUCUUGCUUUUUGCUAUUUACUUUGUGACUCUAAUCACCUCAGUUUGGAGUUAUAAUACUACGCAGAACAAACUAUUUGUCAUACUUUGCCAGGUUCUUGGAAUCCUGUAUCCUGCAGGCCACUCAUUUAUCUUGAUUUGGGGAAAUAAGAAGCUAAGACAGGCUUUUGUGUCAUUUCUGUGGCAGCUGAGGUGCUGGCUGAAAGAAAGGACAUAA